CGGGAGGUUCUGCCUCCUGGCAGCGCCAGCAGCAGUAGUGCCGCCGCCGCCGCCGCGUUCGCUGUGGUCCCUUGAAGGCGGCUCCGGCCAUCGGCGAGCAUCGCCUGGAGCCAGCGGCGGCCGAAGCGCUCCCUUCCCUUUUGAUUCCCUUCCGCCCUUUGAUUCCCCUCGUCGUUUAAAGCCAUGGCGGCGGCGGCGGAAGAUGCGGUGGCGGCGGCGGCAGUGGCGGCGGCGGCAGCCGGGUGACGCCCGAGGCGGCGGAUGAGCGGCGGCCGACCGAGUUCUGGCGUGGGAAGAGGAUGCGGGAGUACAAGGUGGUGGUGCUGGGCUCGGGCGGGGUGGGCAAAUCGGCGCUCACCGUGCAGUUCGUGACGGGCACUUUCAUCGAGAAGUACGACCCCACCAUCGAAGACUUCUACCGCAAGGAGAUCGAGGUAGACGCCUCGCCGUCGGUGCUGGAGAUCCUCGACACAGCCGGCACCGAGCAGUUCGCCUCCAUGCGGGAUCUGUACAUCAAGAACGGGCAGGGCUUCAUCUUAGUCUACAGCCUGGUCAACCAGCAGAGCUUCCAGGACAUCCGCCCCAUGCGCGACCAGAUCAUCCGCGUCAAGAGAUAUGAGAAGGUACCUGUAAUCUUGGUUGGAAAUAAAGUGGACUUGGAGAGUGAACGAGAAGUUUCAUCCAGUGAAGGCAGAGCCCUGGCUGAAGAAUGGGGUUGUCCUUUUAUGGAGACAUCUGCUAAAAGCAAAACCAUGGUGGAUGAGCUCUUUGCAGAGAUUGUCAGACAAAUGAACUAUGCCUCUCAACCAGAUAAAGAUGACCCAUGCUGCUCUGCAUGUAAUAUACAAUAGCAUUCCAAGGAUGGGAUUGGACCUAAUUUGCUGUAUUUGGGUAAGGUGACAGAAUAGACUAUUUCACUCUGUGAUUUAAAGUUGGUCAAAAAUUCAAAGUGGAGUAGCACUGAACCUCCAAGUGAAAGAUAAAUAUCGAUCAGUUUAAGAAAAGAAAAAAAAAGAAAUUGAAGAGCUUUAUUUGCCUGCAGCACAUCUUCUGCAUGUUCUACUCUCUGGCUUAGCCAACAGAUUACAGGGUGAGCACAAUCCGUGCACAUUGGCUUGUCAGGUAACAGCUACUUGCUUUAAAUUAAGGAAUUUUUUCGGUGAAAAGGAGCGCACCAGCAAAGAUCUUUUGCACUCUGCCUAUUCUGUACUGAUAAGUAAAGAUUUAACAAAAGGUAUCUACUUACUGAAUUUCAGGACUUUUAUCACUUGUGGCCAAAUCAGUCAAAUAUGCUAAUUUUAUUUUUGACGCAAGUGUUGAUGAAUUUAUUGGCAAACUGAUAUACAGUUCUGUUAUUUCCUUUACAUUCAUUACUUUCUGUGAUCCCAUAAAUGCAAAAAGGAAAAUGCUCCAUCAGUACUUGAACGGAAAGAGAGAAGCUCUGGAAAACAAACAAACCAACAGCUUGUAAAGAGAACACUGAAACAUUAAAAUAUGCUAAAUAUUCUUCAUUGUUGCUCAGAAAAUGGUGGAUUGCUUCAGCUACUGUUCAGUCAAGAUACCAAACCAGCCCUUGCUUUACAGAGCAGGAAAUGCAUUAAUCUCUUUACUGAUCCAGGAAGAAGCAACCAUGAUGGGGUAAAAAGAAUUGUUUGGCCUUACUAAUGAGGAACAUUGCUAGCACAUUAACAAGUACCACCUUGUAAGGAAAAUGAAGCCAUGUUGUUUUCAGACGUUCCUUUUUGCAGAAACCUCACAGGGGGCUGUAAAAGCAUCCUAUAUUUUUAGUUUAAGGAUACCAGUUUAUUUUUUUGCCUUUAAGGGCUGUGUCUUGGAUGUGAUAUACUAAUUGAGCUAUGGAAUUUAAUUUUGCCACUUUAUUAUAUCUUUACUGUUGGCGAUUCUGGUUAACUGUGUAGAAUUACUUUGUCUCAGAAGGUGAAUACAAAAUAUUUUAAUUCCAUGUGGGAAUGAGAAAAGGAUUUGUGUCUUCAAUUGCCUAACAUGCUAGUCAGGUGCUGCCAUUAAAGUGAUCCUGUUGCCCUGGUUAUUGCUGUGACAAAUAGUGAGUGAAAGCAUUGUUUUAAAAUGGUGGCUCAGCCUUUAAUUUUAAUUUAAAUAGCAGUGAAAUACUUACAAUUUGCAUGACUUAACAGCACCAAUUAUAUCUAUUAUGUCUUACAAUCAAGGAAGUUUCCAAUCAGAAAGUCUAAAAUGGAAAUGGUGGAAUGAUAAUGGACCUUGAUGGAUAAAUUGGCCUUUAAAAUACAAUAUCACUGAGCCUAUGGUCCAAAUGCUAUCCUGAAAGAUUGGUUUCUCAAUCUUGUGAAGUAGUUCUGUAAUUUCUUGUGUAGAUGAGUGGAAAGGAAUGUAUGUUCUGUGUAUGGGUGUGAGUGUGUUGGUGAGUGCAACUUUUUACAAAUGCUGUAAUGAACUUGAGUUCUGAGAUUUUUGCCUUGAUCAGCAGAAAAACAAACUGCAAUCUAAAGGGUAUCAAAAGCAAAUGAAUUUUUAAACGCCUUUUUUUAAAAAAAACCCAACACUUGGCCACUUUAAACCUUACACAGUAGAACACGUUUAAUUUAGAUUAGAUCAAUUUCUAACAAUAAUGAUGGAUGAUUAUUGGCUAUACUUGCCUUUGUUCUUGAAUUACUUUUCCCUCAUAAUUAAGAGAGCAAAGAGUUGUCAUUUAAACAAUGAGGUCCUGUAUUAGAAAUGUAAUUCCUUCUCAAACCUCUUGCUCAGCUUUAAGAAUUACUGAACCUUAAUGCAGCUUUUAUCGGCAACGUCCAUGUAUUAAGGUAAAAAUUAUGAAUGAUAAUCUUUAAGUUCUUUUAGGAGAAACAUUAUGCAGCAGUAUGUCAAAAAAUAAUUUCACUGAUCAAAUAAAAGUGGAAUAAGCAGGUAUAGAAGAGUGCUGAGUGCAUCUUAUACUGAUUGAUUCCAAAAAGAAGCUCUGUAUUGCAUGUCAGAUUAUUUGAUGUAAAAAGAAUGAGGAGCAUAAAUGGCAUUUCUUUAUUUUUGUCAAGGCGUUAUUUUAAUAGGAAGCUUUGAAAAAAAACAACCCACAGUUACUUUGUAGUAGUAUGUAAUCUUUGCUUACAGACUAACUAAACAAUAUACUUUCAUACAAAAGUAGGUGAUAUGCUAAUUCCAAGAAACAAUUUAUAUUCAAUUUAAAUUCUGUCACUGAAUAGUACAGUAUAUUUGACCAAAAUGAUAUAAAUCGGCAAGAGGGAAUAUCCGAGGCUAUCAGUUAUGGUUAUGUGGAUUCCCUCUCUCUCAAGUCAUGUUUGUAGACCUACAGAGUUAGUAGCAGCUAAACUGGAUUCCUAGUGCCAAUGCAAGAGUGUGUUCUUUUGUCAAUCCUUACUCUUCCCAAUUUGUAACAGUGAGCAACUUUGUUGUUUUCUGACAUCACUGUAUUUGUAAAGAUGAUCUUGCCAUUGGCUGUCCCAGAACACAGAUUUUAAAAACUAGAUCAAAACAGGCAUAUUAACCUUGGCCACAAGGUCAUUCCGACACUAUAUAUGCCACGAUUCAAGCAUACAGACAAGUAGCCUCUAUAUGUACUGGUGACAUUUUCCAAUUUAUCUGGCCAGCAACAUUACAUACCUUGGGACUGCUUGUUGAGACGAACUGCCUGUAUUGCAUCCUUAGCAGAUCCAGUAGACAUAAUUUGGGAAGGAGGACUAACAUGCCUUAAAAUAUUAUCAGUUCAUCCAAAGACCCGAUAUUCUUUGUGUAGAGCUUUGUAUUUUUCUGCAGCGGUGAGUCCCUCUUUUCCUUUGAAACUGGUUGAACAACUCCAAUAUCUAUUCAGAAUGCUUUUGUAAGAUGAUUCAGCACACAUGGAAAUAUCGAUAGCCGUUUCUGAGGAAUUUCUCAUUUGGUGGUACCAACAAUAAAUGCAGGUAGCCCUCGACUCACGACUGUAAUUGAACCCAUAUUUUUGUUGUUGCUGGGUGAGACAUUUAUGUGGGUUUUGUCCCAUUUUACGCCUUUUCUUGCCACAGUUGUUAAGCGAAUCAUUGCCGUUGUUAAAUUAAUAACCCAGUUGUUAAGUGAAUCUGGCUUCCCCAUUGAUUUUGCUUGUCAGAAGGUGUUCACAUGAUACAGGGACACUGCAGCCGUCCGUCAUAAGCAUGAACCAGUUGCCAACCAUCCAAAUCCUGAUCCUGUCGCCAUGAGGAUGCUGUAAUGGUCAUAAGUGUGAAAAAUGGUCGAAGGUCACUUUUUUCAGUGAUGUUACUCCGAAUGGUCACUAAAUGAACUGUUGUAAGUCAAGGACUACCUGUACCGUAUAUCCCUUUAUUUAAAAAUUGGCAUUUUUUUUUUGUCAGCAAACAUGCUAGUAUUUUCUAUGUCAUGUAUGCCGCUUAAAGGUUUAGGAUGAGGUGACGCAUGGUCUUCAAUAUAACUGAAAUAACUCCACAAUAAAGCAGAUUUGGCAACUUCGGGAUUUUAUUGUGAAUCUUUCCUUUCUGAGUUUUCAAUCAGGUUUUAAAAAGGGAUUGCAGUGUGUUUUUGCAAAUGUGACCAUUGACAAUUUGUCAUUUCUAGAGUUGAAUAAGUAUCUUUAACAAUUGACUGUGGACCUCUGUUACAACUGAUAAAUGGGAAGAAAAUACUACAUUUUAUAAGUUAUCAGUUGUUUAAAUCAAACUAUUUCAAAAUAAAACAAAUUGUACAUAGAACUCAAUGCAAACUCAGCAGUUGUAUCUGAAGUUAAAUUAUUUUAACAAAUAAAUUUAUUUAAUGAAAUGUCUGUGGGCUUGUCUUCUCGUAUUCCUUUUUAUUCAAGAAUAAAGCAAAAACCUAACUAGAUUCUUCACGUAUUCCAAAUUUAGAUCUCCUUCAUUAGAAUGCCUCCUUUAAAAAGGAACAUAUUUGUCAGAUUGUUAGUGAAGAAAGUUUGCCCUGAUAAUGAUUCACUAUUGCGUUGUUAUCAUGGCAAUACUGCUGAACUCCGUCAUAUGAAUUACAGGUAGCAGUAAAUACUGUACUAGAUAGUUUUGGUUCUUAAGUAAUGCAAGUCCUCUGAUGCCAAAGACAGCUGUGGGAACUGUAUAUUCCCCAGCUAGGGCUGCAAAGAUUGACAGAUGUAGCUAAUUGUAUGCAGCCAUCAGCUGGUCUUACAUUUGAUAAUUGACUCCAUUCAUUCAGUCAGUCAGUUUUGGCCCAAGUCCCUUUGGAGGGCUCUAAGUAGCUUUGCUUCCAUGUAUUGAUGUGUGUGUUGCAAACAAAAGUAGCUGUAUAGAGCAGUAUAGACCAAAUUUUCUUGUUUGUCCUCCCCCUCCCUCUUUUCACGAAUAAAUUUACAUCUCUAUGAAGUUUUCAAUAGUGCUGGUCUUUUAAAAUGUUUCUUCAUGUAGCAUAUAUUGAAGAAGAUAAAAAAAUUUACAGAAUAAAUGAAGGACAAUUAUACAAUGAGUUCAACUUUUCUCUCUUAGGCAAUACAGAAGAAUCCUAAAAUUGGAGAAUAGGCCUGUAAAAAGUUCCCAUGUCAGGAUUUGUAUUUGUAUUUAAAGCAUUAAUACCUUUUCCUUAGCUAAAAGUAUAAGGAUGAUGCUGAAAUAGGAACUAGAUAGUGGCUACUCUCAGGCUUAUAUCUAACACAGGAUUUUCCUCCACAUUGUGUGUGUGUGUGUGUGUGCGCACACCAAGCUUUAAGAACAGAUCACAGCUGUUGUCUUCAGUGACCCCUGAGAUUGUCAAAAUACCAAUAUAACAAAAAAUUUACCAAAUAGAAAAUAAAUGAUACCCACACCAAGGAUUUUGGAAAAAGAAUCACAGAAACAAGCACAUUACAUUAUGCUGUAAUUUUGGGUAAAGUGCCAGGACUUCAGAGCUCUUCGAAGAGCAGAGUGGAGCCAUUCAGAUCUGGGGGUGGGGGUGGGAUACUUAUUUCCAAAGAGCAGGCACUGAUACCGAGAAGGAAAAUUUAGGGGGGUCCUGAGAUAUGACAUUGUUGAAGGAAUCAAGCACCUCAGUCCUAAGAGAUUGAUUCAGUCGAGCAGGUUCUAUGAGAGAUGGGCAGUCCCUGAAUAAUCUUGCCCGAUGUCAUGUAGGACUUUAUAAUACCUUGAAUAAUUUGGAAACAAACUAGCAACUCAUGAAACAGCCCCCGUAUAGAAGUCAUUUUGGCUCCCACUUGUGUCCCAGGGAUGGGAUGGAAAGCGAGGGAGUGGACU